GAGAAGGGCAGCCACUCGAUCGUGGUCUCUGGCUGCUCGGGCAGCGGCAAGACGGAGACGGCGAAGCACGCGCUCACAUUCAUCGUCUCCUUGUCGCUGGGCGGAGGUGGAGGCGGAGGAGAGGGCGAUGUCGAGGCGGUGGGAGCGAGGCUGCUCGCCGCGACUCCUCUGCUGGAGGCGCUCGGCAACGCAUCCACCGCCCGGAACUGGAACUCGUCCCGCUUUGGCAAG